GUGCAGAGGGUUUUCUUAAUUGUCGGGUCAAAUAAUGGCUAGGUAAUUUCUAACAACACCUCUUGUACGCAGCCACUCUUUGCGGCAUUUGUACAAAAAGAAGCGCUGAAUUUGAUGGCAAAGUGGUGGCAUUUGUGUUACUCGUUUAAAGCAUCUCAAUUAGCGUGUCUGUGAAAGUUUCUUGGUGAGGAGUGCGACGAGGAGGAAUUUUCGGCUUGCGAUUUGGCGGGUGAUUUCUCGAUAGGAAGCAUCUGCUGAAAAUGGGUGAUCGUGGAGAUGGAGCGGAAGCCUUCGAUGAUGCCGUUGAGGAACGCGUUAUCAAUGAGGAGUACAAGGUUUGGAAGAAGAACACCCCAUUUCUGUAUGACUUGGUGAUGACCCAUGCUCUCGAAUGGCCGUCACUGACCGCACAAUGGUUGCCGGACGUGACCAAACCGGAAGGAAAGGAUUACUCCGUCCAUCGAUUAAUCCUGGGAACGCAUACAUCUGAUGAGCAGAAUCACCUUUUGAUUGCCAGCGUGCAGCUGCCAAACGAAGACGCUCAGUUCGACGCCAGUCAUUAUGACAACGAAAAAGGAGAAUUCGGAGGAUUUGGAUCUGUUUCCGGUAAGAUUGAAAUUGAGAUUAAAAUCAAUCAUGAGGGAGAGGUAAACAGGGCAAGAUACAUGCCCCAAAACCCUUGUGUGAUUGCUACUAAAACACCAUCCAGUGAUGUGUUGGUGUUUGAUUAUACAAAACAUCCCAGCAAACCAGAACCGAGUGGCGAAUGUCAUCCUGAUUUGCGCCUGCGGGGUCACCAGAAGGAGGGUUACGGAUUGUCUUGGAACCCCAACUUGAAUGGUUAUCUAUUAUCGGCUAGUGAUGAUCAUACCAUUUGCUUGUGGGACAUUAAUGCAACUCCCAAGGAGCACCGAAUAAUCGAUGCUAAGAACAUUUUCACUGGCCAUACGGCAGUGGUUGAAGAUGUCGCUUGGCAUUUGCUACACGAAUCAUUGUUCGGUUCCGUUGCGGAUGACCAGAAGCUUAUGAUCUGGGACACCCGUUGUAAUAACACAUCCAAACCAUCGCAUACUGUCGAUGCGCAUACGGCUGAAGUAAACUGCCUCAGCUUUAAUCCCUAUUCGGAGUUUAUUCUGGCCACUGGAUCUGCCGAUAAAACCGUAGCUCUUUGGGACCUCCGCAACCUGAAGCUCAAGCUGCAUUCAUUCGAGUCGCACAAGGACGAAAUCUUCCAGGUCCAAUGGUCGCCGCAUAACGAAACCAUCCUGGCUUCGUCAGGUACCGACAGGCGGCUGCAUGUUUGGGACUUGUCCAAAAUUGGCGAAGAGCAGAGCGCAGAAGAUACCGAGGACGGGCCGCCGGAGCUGCUCUUCAUUCAUGGAGGGCACACCGCGAAGAUUUCCGAUUUCUCAUGGAACCCGAAUGAGCCGUGGGUCAUCUGCUCGGUAUCCGAGGACAACAUCAUGCAGGUCUGGCAAAUGGCGGAAAACAUCUACAACGAUGAGGAACCGGACGUGCCGGCCAGUGAGAUUGAGGCGGGCGCUCCGUAGAUGCAUCCAAGACGUAACAUUUUUUUUUUAAAUUAUAAACUAGUUUUAUCCCAUGGCCACAAACAAAAGUAUCUAGAGUAAAAGUCGUAAUUCCAAAUACAAUAAUAUACUUGGUGCCGUUUAAGCAAACAUACUAUGUUGGGCUUACAACUAGUAACACCCAGGUAACACCUUCUAUAAAUGUGUUUUUUUUUUACUGGAACCAUCUAUUCCAAUGCGACGAUGUGCGACAUACGUCUCUUGAACGUUAAUCGUAGUUAUAAACUAUUUUGUCAAAUAAAUCCUGAAAUUCUUUGGAAUA